AUGAUCGGAGAACAUGAAUAUCCAAGCACCCCGCGACUGGUAGCGAUAAUCGCGUCCCUUGUUCUUAGUAUAUUUCUUGCAUCAUUAGACACAACAAUUAUCACUACUGCUAUUCCUUCAAUUACCAAAGACUUUCAUAGUCUCGAGGAUGUUGGUUGGUACGGUUCGGCCAUGUUCUUCCCUUUGGCAGCCACACAAUCAUUAUGGGGCAAAUGCUACAAAUACUACCCCGUCAAGCUUGUGUUCCUCCUAAGUAUUAUCAUUUUCGAAGGAGGCAGCCUGAUUUGCGCCCUUGCUAAAGGAAGCAACGCAUUUAUCGCCGGACGGGCAAUCACCGGCGCAGGUUGCGCUGGUACCUUCUCAGGAUGCUUCAUCAUUAUUACUUUUUCUUCGAGGCCGCGCCUACGGCCAGCAAUGACUGCCUCAUUAUCAGCAACCUUUGCGGUAGCUUCUGUCGUGGGACCAAUAAUCGGAGGUGCAUUCACGCAACACGUGAGUUGGAGAUGGUGUUUUUACAUCAAUCUCCCGUGUGGAGCCGUCGCAGCUAUUGUCGUGUUUUUCGCCUUCCAAGCCCCCAAAGCUGCAUCGACAACACCGGCAACCCGAAAGGAGAAAUUGUUGCAGAUGGACUUGAUCGGAGUUUUUCUAAUAUGCACUAAUAUGAUAUGUUUCACAAUCGCCCUACGGUGGGCUGGUGGCGAGAAACCUUGGAAUAACCCAGAGGUCAUUGGUGUAAUAGUGGCUGCAUUAGUACUCCUCAUUAUGUUUGGUGUCGAUCAGUGGUUCCAAGGAGAAAGGGCACUCAUGAUUUCAAGCCAUUUAAAUAACAGAGUCUUACUUGUCGGUACUGUCUUUGAAUUCUUUAUCGCUGGCUGUUUCAAUCUCGCCCUCUUCUACUUGCCCAUAUACUUUCAGGCAGUUAGACGCGUCUCGGCCAUCUCAUCUGGUAUUCGCCUCAUCCCGGUAAUACUAGGUCUAACGAUCGUUCAAAUUGCGAUUGGCACCGUGAUCAUAGUUAGUGGGAUGCACAAUCCAUUUUUGAUCAUAGGACCCGCAAUUGCAGCUGUAGGAUCAGGGUCGUUCACGAUAUUGAACGAAAAUUCUAAUCCAGCCGCUUGGAUUGGUUUCCAGGUCAUCCUUGGAGUAGGCGUAGGGCUAUGUUUAACCAUUCCAAUCAUGCUAUCACAGGUUGUAGUAAAACCACAAGAUGUCGCAACAGCCACAUCACUUAUCAUCUUUGCACAAUCAAUGGGAAGUGCAUUUUUGCUUCCCGUUGCUCAGGCGGUUUUUCAGAAUGAGAUUAUCAAGAGCCUGGGUCAGCUGGUGCCAGAUCUUGAUCCAUUAUUUGUUCUCGCGAUGGGUGCAAGUAACGAAGCAAUUUCUGGUCUUCCAAAAGCGAAUGUAGGGGGCGUUAUCCUCAGUUAUGGUAGUGCCUUGAGUUCAACGUUUGUGAUUGGUGUACCCUUUGCUGGGGUAGCCUUAAUUGUCAGUCUCUUCAUGCCUUGGUUUAAUUAUCAUGAAGCUACCAGCUUGUCAUUCACAGAAGAGGGACCAUUAGACGGGGUGAUAAACGAGAAUGGUGAUAAAUAA